UAUACGAACAGGGCGAAAGCGGCCGCCAGAAGGCCGGGCAUCUGCAAAAGCGGCAGCGGCAGCAGUAGCGCGGCGGCCGCUCGAGGGCUCUGCCCGAGCGCACGCGGCCAGCCUCUCCGCCCCUCUCGGCGCUCGCAGGUGAAAGCGGCGCCUGCCUGACGCGCUCGGGCGGCGUUUCCGGGUGGCGAGCCAGACGCUCUCGGGCGGCCCGGCAGCAUGAGCGGCUCCGAGGCGGCGAGGCAGCUGGAGCUGCUCGGCGGCCUCAAAGACCAAGCUAUUGGUGAAUAUGAAGAUCUAAGAGCAGAAAAUAAGAAAACAAAAGAAGAGUGUGACAAAAUCAAGCAGCAGAGAGAUGAAGCAGUCAAGCAGUUGGAAGAGAUUCAGAAAAUUUCUCACAUGGUCAUUGAGGAAGUGAGCUGCAUACAGAGCCACCUUGAAAUUGAGAAGACAUGCCGUGAAAGUGCAGAAGCUCUGGCCACUAAGCUGAACAAAGAAAACAAGACUCUGAAAAGAAUCAGCAUGUUGUACAUGGCAAAACUGGGGCCGGAUAUAAUCACUGAAGAAAUAAACAUUGAUGAUGAAGAAUCGUCCACAGAUACGGAAGGUAGUCCAGGGGCAUGUGACUCGGUGCUUUGCCAGCAGAUGAUAAAAGAUCUGCGGGAUCAAAUUAUAUCUCUUCAGGAGGAAAAGAAGGCCUUAGCCAUUGAGCUGGAAAACCUGAGGAGCAAAUUAGCAGAAGAAAUUGUGGAUGUAAAUAAAGUCAAGGAAGAAAAUGCAGUCUUGACAGCUGAAGUUCAGAAGCAUCAGAAGGUGUUGGAAAAAUGUAACCGAAUGUCUGUACUGGCAGUAGAAGAAUAUGAAGAGCUGCAAGUAAACUUUGAAUUGGAGAAAGAUCUGCGACAGAGAGCAGAAUCCUUUGCACAGGAGAUGUUUAUUGAACAAAAAACACUGAAGCGGCAAAGUCAGCUUCUCCUUCAAAAUGCUGGCCCCGACGAGCAGCUUUUGAAAGCUCUGGAUGAAAAUGCCAAGCUGAAUCAAAUACUGGAGGAAGAGAGGCUGCAACACCGGCAAAAGGUUGAAGAACUGGAGGAACAAUUAGCUAAUGAAGUCUUGAAUAAGGAAAUCAAAUCCCUUAAGCAGCAGCUAGAACUUUUAGAAGAAGAUAAAAAGGAAUUAGAGGAAAAAUACCAGAGUGCUGAAGAAAAAAUCAAAAACCUAAAGCAUUCAGUUGAAGAGCUUCAAAAAAGAAUACACCAAUCAGAAAAUGUUAUACCACCACCACCUCCUCCUCCUCCUCCUCCUCCUCCUCCUCCUCCUCUUCCUCCUCCACCUCCAAAUCCAAUAAGGUCACUGAUGUCAAUGAUUCGUAAGAAGUCUCAUGCAAAUAGCAGCAUGGCGAAGAAAGAAAAGGCAUCUCAGCAAGGCUCAGGAGAAGUAUCGGAUCUGAAGAGACAAGCUGUUGAAGAAAUGAUGGAUAGAAUUAAAAAGGGGGUUCACCUUAGACCUGUUAAUCAGACCAACCGUUCUAAGACAAAGCCAGAAGUACCCAAACCCUCUGAUAGUGCAAUGAAAGAGUUAAAGGGAAUUCUGGAAACAAUGAAUACAUCUGCAAGUUCAAGAAGCCUAAAAUCCCUUGAGGCAGAUAGUAAUGAAACAGAAUUAGAAAGAAUUUUGCGGCUCAGGAAGGUGACGACCGAUCAAGAGAAUAGCAAUCCAAUUGGAAUAUUGGCUUCUUCUGAAUCCAAAUCUAUGCCAGUGUUGGGUUCCAUUGAAACACAGUCUGGAUUGAACAAGAAAACUUUGGCAGCAGAACUUGGUCCCAGUUCUUUGGGGUCAGAUGAAAAGUGUCACAAAAUGGUUGAAAGCACAAGUUCCGACAUUCAGUCAUCAACCAACAUGGGGCUUAAAAAUAAGGUUGCUGGUACAGAAAAGGAAGCAGAAUCCAUGGUACUACUGAAUCCUGAGAAAACCAAAGAGCACACGCCUGGACAUGUGAAUCAAGACAAGGGGACUGAAGAAAAAGGUCAACAGCUUCAUAAAGAUGCUAGCGUUGGGAAAACAAAAGAGACAGACAGCUCUCAUUGCUAAUUGAUGUGCUAAAAGGCAUUAACUUCUGGAAGUUCCUUUCAGUGAGCGUCAGUUGUUUCAUUUAUGUGUACUGGGAAGGGCUUAAUUCUGUAGGGUUGUAUCCAAUUUAGUUGUACUCAGAGUAGAUCCUUUGGGUUGGAUUCAGCUAAGUUGUUGCAGUAGCAAAAACCAAUGCAAUAAGUCUCGCUAGCACAACAAGGACUUCUCCCACUGUGUGCCCGCUGCUACCUCCCCAAAUCUGCUCAGGUCAGGAAACCCCAAGAACAGCACAAGGGGAGAUCAUUCCAUCUGGCAAGCAAAAAUGCUUGCACUGGAACAAUUUCCAUAGUGCAGCCUGGAAUUCUACACAUUGAAAUUAAUGGGUAUAAGUAACUUACGUCUAUUAAUUUCAAUGGGACUACUUGGAGUAGUGCUUAACUGAAUUCAACUCCUCCUAGUUUCUAAUAAUGUAACCAUAAUUGUUUAUUGAAAUGACCUUUGACUUUCUCCUGUAGCAGCAGGGAAGUUUUUACUGAAUUAUCGUAUUGGGUUUCUUUCUUAAAUUAUGCAGUACAUCAAAAUUUAUUUUGAUAUUAUUUUAUAUUGAUGCCUUGUUUAGGACUGAAAGCUCACCAAAACUGAUAGAUUGAGCUUUAUUUAGGUAAUCACAGAAAUGCACUUCUACUGAUAGAUGCAGCCACAAAUCAGUUUUAGAAAAGGAAAGAUGAACAUAACUCACCUUAAUAAGAAAAGAUAUAAGUGAGCCUUUUGGCCAUCCAUGUAGUCUCUUCACACAAGCAAUCCAACCAACCAGGAAGUUUUUCCUUAAUUAACAGAUCUGGUUAACAGAUUUGGAACAAGCCAGGGUGUUGAGCUGCAUUUUGUUGUUGUUCAUUGAGGAUGUAUGUGCAGCCAAAAGGCUUGUCCCAAAUGUACUGGGGACUUCUCUGCAAGACUUAUGAAAUUUUGAGCUACCACCUGAUUAAAAGGGUCUUCAGCUACAGUCUUGUGCAUUCACUAGGCUGUAAGUCCCAUUAAAAAUAGUAGAACUGAGCACAAAUGUUUAGAACUGCACUGUUAGUCAAUUGUAUUGCUUUUAAUAUAUCACUGUUUGCAUAUAUCUGCAUAUGGCGAAGAGGCACAGUUUUUAAAAGAAAAGGUAGAUUCUCUUGGUUAUUAGGUUAUAUACAAAUAUGUUGUAGGAGAUAUCAUCAUAAAAGACACAUUCCUCCUUCUGUUUCAUGGGGAAUGCCAGUGGUGCUUUUUAAAAGUUCUGUACUAAAUUAGUUAUUUUUUAAGCUGUUCCCUAAUUAGGGCACCAUUUUCAGUCAUUCAACAAUGCAAUUCUGUGCAUGUCUGCUCAUAAGUUUUUCCAUUGAUUCAUUGGGGUUUACUCUUAGGUAGGUGGCUACAGAAUAACACCCUUAAAAAAAUGCACAAGAGUUUAUGCAAUUUCCAUUCGUUUCAAAGAAGCUUCUACAGGAAAAGUCCCCAAUGGAUUCAUACCCACAUAGCUAUACCUCAGUAGCCCAAACGAAUUUUAUA